AUGUCAGAAGUACCAAUUUUCAUAAAAGAUGAUUACGAAAGAUAUUUUCAGAACCAUCAUGUUAAAUCACUUACCUCCUCACGAACUCUCCCCAGUGGAUUUUUUAAUAUAGAUAGAUACAAUGAUGAUAUAAAUUCCACUUCUAGCCAACAUCAAGAGAUCGCACAAGAAAUAUAUAAAGACUAUAAAACAUUAUACAAUCAAUGGUUUUUCGAAUUGACGUGUGGAUUUAAUCUUUUAUUCUAUGGAUUUGGUUCAAAGAUACAUAUAAUGGAAGAUUUUGUAAAAAGCUUACCAUGUGAUAAAUUACAAGUAGUUAUCAAUGGAUUCGUUCCAAAUCUAGAGUUUAAAAAAAUUAUCGAACAAAUAUUUACAGAGCUUUCAUUGAAGAGAAAAAGGUGUGGGUCACUUAAUGAUAAUGCAAGGUUAAUCGUUGAUCACUUGACAUCUUUAGAUGAAAGUUCUAAACAAUUGUUUAUUGUGAUUCACAAUAUUAAUGGUCAAAGCCUUCGAUCCGAGAAAAUUUUAAAUUGUCUUGGAAUACUAGCUCAAUGCCCUAAUAUUUAUGUUGUUGCGUCAGUAGAUCAUGUUAAUUCAACUUUAUUAUUUGAUAGAAAUAGAUCAUUCAUGUUUAAUUGGUUGUGGCAUGACAUUACUACAUUUAGUCCAUACAUUCAAGAAACAAAGUAUGAAAUCAGCUCGAAAAAGAAAUCAACACAAGAAACAGCAACUAACAAACUGACAAAAAAAAUGUUAUCUUCAUUGAGUCAUAAUCAACGUAUUAUAUGGAAAGUUUUGGCAGAGAAUCAAGUUAAAGUAAAUAAAACGAAAACCUUAAAGAUUGAAGAAAGAGGAUUAGAAGAUUCGAUUUAUUUCGAUAAAUGUAGAGGCAAGUUUCUCGUCAGAAAUAAUGACGACUUUAAAGCUGUUUUAAAAAAUUUAAUAAGUAAACUUAUCGUUACAAUUAUAAUUUCCAAUAAUGGCGAUGAAAUUUAUUAUUACAUUCCAAUGGAAAUUAAUGAUAUAGAAGUCAUUUUAAGCGACGAGGAAUUAUUUCCUUAA